AAAAUAGAGACACCCUUUUCUUUUCGUUCAGUUAGGAUUUUUUUUUUCUGCAUGAUCGUAAAUUUUCCUUCCCCUUCUUUGGUCGCAUUGGUGUUUCGCCAUGGCUCGUGGCCCCGCGCGCAGAAGCCACUUUAAGAUUAAUGGGAUACCGGCAACACCUCAUCAUUCUGAAUUUGAAUCCGAGGAGAUGGAGAAAAGGUUUGCCAAGAUGCGUCUUUCCGAAAGUAAGAAGAAGAAGAAGAAUGCAUCAUCACCGAACAAGGGAAAUAUCACAGUGAUGGAAGAACUGGCCGACUUUGUUAAGAUGAGUCCUUCCCAUUCUUAUGUGACUCAAGUGCCUCGUCCUCCACUUCUGUUGGUUGUAUAUGAGCAAGUUAAGAGGAUAGCUGACAUCAUGGACGAUCCUAAUUGGCCCAGUCGCAACCUUCAAACAGAUGUGGAUCAAGCUGAGUAUGUGCUUAUGGUGACUUGUCGCCAUUUCCGCGAUUUUUUGCCAACUGGCUGGAGAUACGCGCGGGAGCAUGCCAGGUCUCUUAUUGCAGGCUAUGGCGAGGUUUUCACGAAGGAUGAUGAUGACCUUGAAUACAUCGUGUGGUUUCGUAUUAUUGUAUGAUAUAUCAAGGAUAAUAUGUCGAAGUUUGGAAAUUACUAGUAAGAAACUAAAUAAACAUAUAUUUUAACUUUUAGUUUGG